GUGGCCGAGCCAUUAUAAGUAAUACAUGAACCACGUCCAAGAAAUGUACACCAUCUUUCUUGAUCUCUCACAGAAACAAACAAUGGGAGCAGGAAUUAAAGGGGUGUCUCUCCUUUUCCUUUCGACUAUAUUCUCAGCUACUAUGGCUUUAGCAGUCACUUUCUCCUUCGAUAAUCAAUGUAUCGACACAGUGUGGAUCGCAAUUAUCUCCUCCAAUGGUCCCACCCUCGGGGGCGGUGGUUUUCCCUUGGCACCGGGAAAAUUGGUCAUCCACAAUGCCUACCCCGGCUGGUCUGGCAGGGUCUGGGCCCGAACUGGGUGCAACUUCGACUCCUCGGACAACGGUAACUGCUCCACCGGUGAUUGUGGCUCGCUGAAUUGCAGCGGAGUUGGCCAGCCACCUUUCACGUCAGCCGAGUUUAUCACCGCAUCAGAACCCACCGAAAAUAACGUCUACAUUGUCUACUUGACCGACGGCUACAACGUCGGCAUGCGCAUCAAUGUCACCGGCGGAACAAUUGACUGCCCGUACGCGGGCUGCAUCGCCGACUUGAAUGGCAGCUGCCCGUCGGAGUUGAAGGUGGUUAACAAUGUUUCUGGCUCAGUGGUCGCAUGCAAGAGCGCGUGCAAGGCAUUCAAAACGGCCGAGUUUUGUUGUGCCGACGACCACUCGACGCCACAAACUUGCACGCGGACUCAGUACUCAGAGAUGUUCAAGAAAGCAUGUCCGAACGCGUAUAGCUACCCUUACGAUGAUGUUUCAAGCCGUUUCGCUUGCCCUGGAUCGAAUAUCUUGAUCACGAUUUGCCCAUAAGAGUUGUGAUCCUUAUUGACAGAUUAUUGGGAUGCAAGUGCUUCUUCGUUUAUGAUUUUGUU